AUGGGCAAUCAAUCGUGGCAACAGCUCCCUGUGGGGAAUAAGAACCACACUGAUGCCGCAGUGGUAAUAAUCGGUGCGGGUAUCUCGGUAGAAAAGAGUUCAAGCGUGGGUGGAACAUGGCAUGACAACAAAUACCCUGGCUGCUGCUGCGAUGUCUGGAGUGCCUUGUACAGUUACUCGUUUGAGCAAAACCCGGACUGGUCAAGAGAGUAUCCUGGCCAAGAGGAGAUUCUUGAAUACCUCCGCGGAGUGGCUCGCAAGUACAAUCUUUAUAAAUACAUCCGUUUUAACACAGCGGUUGACGCUGCGACAUGGGAUGAUACGAAGAAGCGCUGGAAGGUCGAUGUCAGAGUGACUGGAGGCAAAGAUGCAGAAUUCAUCCCAGAGUAUAGCAUCGAGUGCGAUUUUCUUAUUUCAGCAGUCGGUCAGCUCAACAAGCCCUUCUACCCCGAUAUUGAGGGCCUAGAGAAUUUCAAGGGAAAAAUUAUGCACUCGGCGCGUUGGGAUUGGAGUCAUAGUCUAGAAGGCGAGAAUGUAGGCGUCAUUGGCAACGGCGCAACAGCAGCUCAGAUUAUCCCUGCUAUCCUCCCUGAUACCUCGUCUCUAACAGUAUACCAACGCACGCCCAACUGGGUCAUCCCCCGCCUCGACAGCGCCAUCAGCCCCCUCAAGCGAGCCAUCCUACGAUACCUACCUCCCGUCCGCUGGCGAAUCCGCGGCGCCAUGAUGGAUUUCCGCGAAUCCUUCCACACCGCCGUAACCGACAGCCAAAGCGUCUUUGCAGACUUCGUCCGCACCAGCACCAGCACCCUACUCCACCAACAACUCCCCUCCCGCCCGGACCUCUGGGAAAAACUCACCCCAACCUACGCCCCAGGCUGCAAACGCGUCAUCAUCUCCGACGACUACUACCCGUCUCUCGCCUCCCCGAAAACCACACUCACCACCUCCCCCAUCGACCACGUUACAGAAACCGGAAUCUCCCUCCAAGACGGCACCCACAACACCCACACCACCCUCGUCCUCGCCACCGGCUUCCGCACCACAGAUUUCCUCUCUCCAUUAAAAAUAACAGGAACACAAAACCGCGACCUCCACACCGACAUCUGGUCCACCACCGGUCCAGAAGCCCUCUACGGAACCACAAUCCCCUCCUUACCCAACUUCGGCAUCUUCUACGGCCCAAACACAAAUCUCGGCCACAACUCAAUCAUCCUCAUGAUCGAGGCGCAAUCCCGCUACCUCAGCACGCUCAUCUCCGCCGUCCUCGACGCACGCAGUCGCGGGCAAAGAAUCGGUAUCAUGCCCAAGUCGCAACGCACGCGCGAGUUCAACGACGAGUUACAGGCGGCGUUGCAGGAAAGUAGUUUUGCGGACAGCGCGUGUAGGAGUUGGUAUAAGAAUGAGGAGGGGAAGAUUACGCAGAAUUGGAAGGGCACGGUUAUUGAGUUUCAGGAUUUGCUGGCUAGGGUUAAUUGGGGUGAUUAUGAAAUUGUUGGUGGUGGUGAGGGUGUGGAGAAAGAGGUGGGUACGGGCAUGGAGAAGGGGGUUAGUGGUGGUGCUGGUGGUGUGAGUGCGAGUAAGGUUGUUUUUGGGACGGGCAGGAAGGAGAGUCGGAUUGGGAGGGUGCAUGAGGAGACGUUUGUUAGUAAAACGACGUUGGCUUUGGGAUUGGUGGGUGCGGUUGGCGCGGGUGCAGCGUGGGUCUAUCGGGAGAGGGUAGCGAAAGCGCUUCGGUUGAGGAAGUGA